CCACGUUCGCCGGCUUGCCGCGCUAGCCGCCAGCGGCCCAGGCUUUGAACCCGGCACCUUGGACGCCUUGGACGGCCGCGUUGCGACCCGCGCGACGAGCGCCACAGUUCAAACAGCCAUGGCGGCCAGCUCCACCGAGUCCUUCGGGACGGGCUGCUUCAACGGCGGCCUGCUCAAGCCGGCGCAGGACAAGUUCUGGGCGACGGAGGUGAUGGCCACGGCCUCCACCGAGGGCUUCUGGGAGGACGAGCCCGAGGAGCAGGUCAAGAAGAAGGUGCUGGAGCUCAAGACCAAGUUCCACAUGGGGCGCCAGCUGCAGAUCAAGCAUCUGCCCCGCGACGUCACCGAGGAGGAGAUCCGCGAGCUGCUGUCGGACUUCCCCGUCAUGUCGGUGCAGCUGCAGUGCGGGUCGGGCACGGGCGCCGGCGUGGCGCGCGCCUCCCUGGAGGACCCCGAGAUGCUGGAGGAGUGGGACCGCGACCGGCUGUUCCUGCUGCGCGGCCAGCGCGUGCCCGUGGCGCCCACCCCCACCGACAUGCUGCUGUGCGUGGCGCGGCUGCCGCUGCACUACACCGAGUCCCAGUUCAUGGGGCUGGUGCGCUCGUACGGCGAGGUGCGCCGCUGCUUCCUCAUGAUCUCGGAGAAGACAGGCGAGAGCAAGGGCUACGGCUUCGUGGAGUACGUGAGCAAGGAGAUGGCCCUGCACGCCAAGAACAUCCUGGACCGCAAGGUGGUGGACGACCUGGUGCUGUGCUGCGACUGGCUGGACUCGAACCACGUGACGCUCGAGUCGCUGCACUCCAAGUGCCUGUUCGUGGACCACCUGCCCAAGGACUUCCGCGACAUGGGCCAGUUCCGGAAGGUGUUCAGCGCCGUCGUCAGCCCCCCGUACUGCCAGAUUGCCCUGAAGAACGGCUGCCCGCAAGACUGGGGCCUGGUGGAGUACAGUACUGCCGAGGACGCGGAGGCGGCCCAGGCCACCCUCAACGGCUACUCGCUGUGCGGCCACCCCAUCAGAGUGUCGUUCUACAUGCCCGGCGUGCGCGCCAUCAACCUCUACCUCAAGCUGCUCAACGAAUCGAACAACAAGAAGAGCUGCGGGCUGCUCCCGGACCCCACCGCGCCGGCUGUGUUCCAGCAGCUGCAAACUCUGGCCAAGCAGAACCCCGUCUUCGCGCAGAACCUGCAGAACAUCAUCAUGACGCAAAUCCAGAGCCUGCAGUCCGAGGGCAAGCAGCGCUCGCCGACGCCGCCAGGCAGCCAACCAGCCGCCCCGAAGCAGGCCAAGCCCACGCCCACGCCCCCCAACGGCCUCAUCGACAGUGCUCAGAUGCAGCAACUCAAGAACCAGCUGACCAACACGCACCCGAUGCUGAUGACCAACCCCCAGAUGCUGGCGUCACUGCAGUCGCUGCUGAAGCAGCAGCAGGCGCAGGGCCAGGGCCAGCAGGGCGGCCAGGCCGGCCAGCCCGGCCAGCAGGGCGGCAACGGCCAGGGGCAGGGCGGCCAGGGAGGCCCCAAAGUCGGCGACGCCGCGCUCAACGGGUUUGGCAAGCACAACCACGCCAAGAACGGCUUCCUCAAGCCCAGCCAGCCGCAGAAGGUGCCGCUGCUGCCCAACCCCGGAGCCCACGGCCUGAGCUCGCCGCCGUUGGCGCCGCAGCCCCCCGUGAGUGUGAGUGCGCCCGUGAGCGUGGCGCUGUCGCCUACGUCCGACGUGUCGGCCUGGGCCCACGGCCAGCCCCACGGCCAGCCCCACGGCCACGGCGGCCUCAUGCGCCUGCCCAGGCACCACACGGCCUCGCCGCCGUCCGGCCCGGCCGGGGGCAUGCCCUUGAUGAUGGGCCUCGAGGGCAACGGCAUGCCCAACGGCAUGCCCAACGGCAUGGCCUUCCCGCCGCCCGCAGGCGACCCGCUGCAGAUGGCGGGCGGGCCCGGCGACUUGCAGACCACCAUCAACAGCAUCCUCAACAACCAGCAGAACCUGCGGCAGCUCAUGGCCACGCUGUCGUCCGCCAUCCAGAGCAACGGGCCCCUCGCCGGGCCGCCCCCCGUGGCCCCCGCGCCGCCAGUGCCGCCCCCGGGCGCGGCGUGCUUCCCCUUCGUGGGCCGGCCGCCCCCAGGCGCCGCCCCCGGGCCCGAGGCGGCGUGGGCGGGGCAGGCGUCCCGCUCGCUCAUGAGCAGCCCGAUCCAGAACAUGCAGAUGCAGCCCAAGCCCAUGAGCUUCCUGGACAUCAAGACGGGCACCCCCGGGCCACUGUUCGCGCAGGUGCCCGGCACCCAGUGGCCCGCCGCCAGCGGCUUCAUGCCGUCGCCCGUGGGCAUGUUCUCGCCCUACUCCGGGGGGCUGGUGCCCGGGCUGUGGUCGCCGACACCGUCACCCUCCCCCACCCUCAACACCAUGAUGACCCCCGUCGGCCACAAGCGCAAGUACAACCACAUCCUCCCCUCGCCAGAGCCGUCACCCGAGGGCAACUACAUCGGCCAGCACUCGCAGGGCCUCGGCGGCCACUACGCCGACUCGUACUUCAAGCGCAAGAAGAAGAACUAAUGAGAAUCGGGUGCAGCCGGGUGGCGAGGCAGGCGAGGCAGGCGAGGCCUCGCCAGGCUUCUACCAAAGCAUUCCUGUUGUCGAGGUGGCAUGUCCCUUCUCCAGCUGCCCUCGAGGCAAGCCGCAGAGCAGCUCGUCUUUAUCCUCUUUAAUGUUUGUCAUCCACAUGCUUGUAGCUAUAGUGUAUGUACAUUUGUUGACACGUUGUUCAAACAAUAGCCUGUUCCAAAAGUGUGUGGCGUUUUGUAGUUUUAAUUUGGCUUUUUUUUUGUGCUAUGGCUUUGGCUAUGGUGUGUACCAUUUUAUGACAAUGUAUAGGUGCAGUAUCUUGUGAUCGGUUUCAGUUUUAAAUUAUUAUUUUUAUAGUAAGCCAAUCAUGACAGCUGGUUGUUUACAUUGUUGUAAAAUAGUGACCAAACUGAUUAGACUUUUUGUGUUACUUUUUAUGUUGACAGACUUGUAUUAGUUAGGGUGCUAUUAACAAGGACCAACUGUACACUAUGAACUUUAUCUAGAAACUUAGUACCUAUGGUACCAUUAGGCUAAGAGAAUUCUUUGCUCCUAAGAUCUCUUAAACUUUUAUCCAAUGAACUUCUUUCCUAUUGGGGAAAGACAAUGAUUACUUGAUUAUACAAGUCGCAAUAAUUGUGACAUUCGUGCUCACUUGAGUUAUAGUAAAUUAUUACAUCACGUUAUUGUUAAUAGUUAUAUCAAAGUAGAAAAUUAUUAUGAUUCAUGCUUAUAUUUAAUGUUUUUAGAAAGAAUCAACUAUUGUGAUUUUUAUUAAGACUAUUGUUUAGAGUUUUUUUAUGACAAUCGCAAGGUUCUGUAAUAUUAUUGCAGUAACUGAUGUUAUCUUUAUACUAUUUGAAUCUUCUUGAAUAUCUGUCAACUUAUUAGAUCUCUUGACCACUAGGGUGAAGCCAAACAUUGUUUGUUUGUUUUUUUUUUCCUUCACUUUCUUUUUUUUCUUCAUUCACUUUAUUGUGUUGCCUCUUCAAUAUUCUUCUUCUGUCCUGUGUGCUGUGUUUUUUUUAGUAUUGAUGUUUUUAUCAUUGACUUUUUCAUUUCUUAGAAUUGAAGACAUGAUUCUUGUAUUAGUUAUUUUUUUACUAUAUACUGUAUCAAGGGUACGUGGUCUUUGCCUGAACUGUAUUAGAGCUCCGUAUUUGUUCUUACUGAACAUUUUAUGGGUGAUUUCAAAAAUUUGUGGGACAUACCUUUUUGUCUUCUUGAACUUGUUUCUCUGUCUAUCCUAGUUUAGAUUUUACUUCAUGUGCUAUCAUUCAUGUUAAUGUAUAUCUGUUAUUCUGAAACAAAUGUAAAAGCUGCUAACAGCAUUUUGUUUCUCUUUCUUUCUGAAGUUGUUCCUUAGCAGUGUUUGGUGUCAUGCACUUCUGCUCUGCUGGCCUUUGAAUGUGUAUUCAAUAAUUAUCUCUAUUUUCAUUUAUGAAUGACAUUUGUAACAAUGUCAUGCUUUAAAUUACAGGUGAGGGUUGGGAAUGGUUGGGCAUUCAUUUUUUAUAAGAUUAUGUGCUAUUUCCUCAAGCAUGCCUUUAUGCUCAUGGUAUUUCAUAGAUAUUAUCGAUGUUUAUGUCUCAAUAUGUCUGUAUGCAAUUGCGUGGAUGAGUGUCAGUGAGUGCCAGUUUGUUUGCAAAACAGUGGCGUAUUUGUGUGCCUGAGUUCUAAGUUGUGAUAACAAUACUUUGCAGUAUUUGUACCUUAAUGGAUUGAGAUCUGCCUUGAUUGUUUAAAUGAAGGGGCUUGACUCCUAUUGCCCGAGUGAUUAGUAAUGUGUCACAAGUAUUAUAUUUCAUUAGGUCACGAUUUCUAGUUUUUGAAAUGAAUUAUCUCUACCAUUUAUUCUUUCCGCUUUUGUUUUGUUGUAUUCAUUUUCUUAUUGCCGUACUCUAUACCACCGCCAUUAUAUGUUGUUUUAUUUGUACUGCUGUGAAAAGUGUUUUCCAGCUGGUUUAUGUGUGAAAUGAAGUGAAAUACCCUUUCUGUGGAGUUCCUUGAUGAUGCAUGCCAGUAUUAACCGACAAGAUUUAUAUUCUCUGAACUCCACUGCAGGCUUUGCCCACUGCUUUCCAUUUUGUGAUGCUCUUCUUUCACACAGUACCCUACCAGUAGAUAAAUACUAGCUACCAGUAAUUUUGUUGUAUUUUUGUAGUUGUCUGUUGGAAUGUCUCAUCAGUAUUUCUUCCAUUUGUCUUUUACUACUUCAUUUAUUCUGUUCUUUUGUUUAUAGAGUCCUCUCUUCUUUUUUUUUAUGAUUUUAAGUUGACUGUUAGUACAGUCUAUGAACUGAAUAAAAGUAUCAGUAAUCACUUUGCAAGUGAUCCCUUACGUUUAGUCUUUGUAUUUCUUGUGUUCUGUCUACUGCAUCGGGCAGAAAUAAAUGGCAACUUCACAACAA